AGUGCUCAAAGACUGAACAGACUGAACUUUAGACCAGAAAUAAAUGCCAGAGCUUUGAAGGAAAGAACUGUGGCGAUAGUAUUCGUGUUUGGCACGUUCAAAAGCGGUUACUUGCAUAGCAGAAACUGUCAAGUUAACAUAUGUGAACAGAACUGCAGCCCUCAAAGAAUUGCGUGGCUUUGGCUUCUUGUGCUGGAAAAAUGGCUUGCUUGCAAUCAGAAAACUGUUCCAGUUGCUCUGCAGAGAGAAACUGAAUUUUUGCUGCUCUUGGAAGAAUUACAGAAAGAUGUCUCUGAGGAAGUUCUAAAAGAACUAUUUGAAGCAUUUGAAUGCACCCAGGACAAACACAUCGCAGACAGGAAAAGAAAAGAUGGCCAUUCUCACAGAUUCAGUUUGGACGUUGUUUCAGCUCUCCGGAAGCUUUUGCUGCGGGCUCCCCAGAGGGCACAAGCCCUGCUGGAGUUCCUCCAGGAGGAACAAGGCGCACACAGCUCCUCACUCCAGCAAUAUUCCUCUCUGCAAAAUAUCUUUGUUGACUUUCUUUGCGAAUCCUUAAAAUCUCUGAGGAGGCUUCAGUGCAAUUCUGAGAUUUCAGCAGAACUGGAUCAAAGAGAACUAGUAGAUACAAUUUAUGGUGCUCUUAGUAUGGUGAAUUUUGAGAUGGAGCAUCAGACUGAUGAAAUACGGCACCUCUUCAGGGAGCUCUUAGAUGUGUGCUGGGCUGAAGGAAGCCCACUGAGGGAGGAGAAGAUACUAAGCUGCAUGCUGAGGAAACAGAGCUAUGGCCUGUUAAGCACGUAUAGCAGUGUUCUUGUAGAAAGAACAAGAGAAAAAUUCCUGGGGUCAAAGUCAAAAGGCUCAUCUGAGCAGCUGGACACAGAGCGAGCAGUGAUGACCUUGUUCUCAGAUCCCAAAGAGGCUGCUUCUUGGAAGGCUGCCUAUUUCUAUUGCUUGAGCAGCAGCAAGCACUUUCUGGAACAGAUUCUGGUGACUGCAUUAGCUUUGCUGAAAAGAGAAGACUUCUCAGGCCUGAACAGCUUACUGAGGAGAGAAUUCAACCCCCUCAGUCGCCUUUUGGUCUUGCUAGGAUGGACUCACUGUCGUAGCUUGGAAUCGGCAAAAGCAUUGCUAAGGGCUCUUCACAAAACUCGGGAUCUGUGCAAUGACUCAGUAUUAAAAGAUUUCUGUGAUGGACUCUGGGCUCAGGUGAAAGUCGUUGAAUGGUGCAUACAGCAAAACAGUAUUACUAUCCCAAAUAAGGUUCUUCUGCAACACUUGCACGGUCUAGAUUGCCACACUGCAGUGUACACUCUUCAUCACCUCACGAACAUACUGGCACUGAACGAAGAUGAUGUCAUUGAGCUUCUUCAAAAGGUUCCUGCUAGAGACCAACAGAUGCAGGUGGCAUCGGUUCCUAACAUCCUGAGUCAGCAACGCAAUCUGGCGCUCUUUCGAGCAUUUUGCGCCAUGAAGUAUGCUAUCUAUGCUCUCUGUGUGAAUUCACACAGACAUUCCAAGUGCAAAGAUUGCGUACGCAGCCUUCUUGGUGAUAUCCCGGAAGACUCAACUCCUCCUGAAGAACCUGCAGGUGAUCGGCCUGCUUUCUCGGAUUGCUCAUCAGUCUUUCCUCAGUACCUUGUGAAAUGUCAGCAGUUCUUAAGGAGUGUUCCUGCUCCUCUGCGCCUGGAGCUUCUGGAGAACAUCUUCUCCUUGCUUUUUGUUUCCUGCAGCGAUCUCCACACUGAGACUCUCCAACCUGAGGACUAUGUAGAGGAUGACGAUCUCGACAAAAAGAGUUGUGCUGUGAGUGUGGAAGACAGUGCUAGCCGACGGUCUUCUACCUCAGAAAGUCCACAGCACCUAACAGAGGCUGGCAAGAAAUUAGGGAGGCACCUGCCAGCUGCUCAGGCAGUCCAUUCAAAUACUCAAGCUCUUCCUGACUCAGAGUUGAGCAGCAAAAGCUGUAAAUCUUCUCAGCAGAGCUACCUGGAUCUGAAACACUUUACCAGUGGUGUCACUGGAUUUUUAGUGGAUGACGUGGCCAUGGAUGCCUUCCUCACGUUGCUCCUCAACCAUCUGGAAGAAAUUCAGAGUUCUCUCCCGUGGGACUCCAGUAAUGUGCUUCGUGAAGAGCUAGAGCUUGUCGAGUGCUUGAAUCUUUCUGCAAGCAGAGAUAGUUUUGGGAGUCGUGUGUUACAGUUUUCCAAAUAUCUUUCUGAAGCUCACUGGCGAUACAAGGUGGUGAUGAGUAACAGAAACGCAGAACAUCAGCUUGCAGCAUCCAGACAAUACUGCUCUUUAAUCAGGUGCUCGAGCUUAAGGAAGCGAAGUAGAUCUCAAAGGUACAAGACAGGGAAAGAGAGAACUUCCAGUCCAUCGUUAGAAAGUACAAGUAGUGAGCUAAGCACCAGUACCUCAGAGGGAAGUACCAAUAACGUGUCUAGUUGGAGUGAUUUGGAAAGUAGGAUGAGACCACAGCAGCAAAACUCUCUGAUUCCUAUGAUGCUUUCCCCACCAGAAUCACUCCUAGUUUCUUGUGUUUUGAGAGGAAAUUUCAUAGAAGCCCAUCAGGUGGCUUUGAUGUUUAAUCUGGAUACUUCAUCUUGUUACGGUGAGUUGAUUUUCAUGGAGCGCUACCAAGAGGUGGUACGAGAGAUGGCCAGAGUGGAGCACAACAUUGAGAAUCAAACAUCAGAUGGCACUGGAGGCGUCAGGAAAUCUGGCAGUGGCCGUUCAACGCUUCAGGCUAUUGGGAGUGCAGCAGCAGCUGGCAUGGUAUUUUAUUCCAUCUCGGAUGUUACUGAUAAAUUGCUUGCGACUUCUGAAAGUCUUGCCCCUGUUCUCCAAGAAAACUUCUGGACCAGCAACAUCCAGCUUGAACAUACUGAUCCUCUGCGGGAAGUCCUCGAGGACCUCAGUCCUUCAUCAAUGGCAGCAUUUGACCUAGCUUGUACUCAGUGCCAUCUUUGGAAGACUUGUAAGCAGCUUUUGGAAACAGCAGAAAGAAAACUGUACAGUAGCCUCGAAACUCGGGGCCGCAGACCUGACUUUGUUUUACUGCACCCUGAAGGUAUAAAGGGCUUCCCAGCAGUUCUUCAGCAAAUCAGUAAAAUUCUAAACUACUCUUGCACGUCACAAGGGCAGUCCAAGUCAGAGAUCUCAGAUGAGAAAGUUAGUAGCUAUUUUCGAUGCAGUAUUGUAGAACUUCUGCAGGCUUGCUACCCUGCCUUGACUGAAGAAAGUAUCACUAAUGAGAUUGUUUUAUCGCAACAUCUCGAUCAAAUUCUAAAAGCGCUGACGUGUGUUGAACGUUCUGUGGACUCCAAAGGGAGCCUGCUUAGCACCUUGGUAGAACAGGCCUCUCUGAAACCUUUGGAACUGGAGAAAAACCCAGUUUGGAAUCAAACCCAGCUCCUGCUGCAAACUAUUGACCAAUAUAUCCAAACUACGCCAGAGAGCAGCACAAAGAUAAACUUUGUGAAGACCUUCUGUGACUAUAUUACUACACUGGCUGCUGUUGUGUUACGAAGCCUGAAUGCAGAGCUAGAUAUAUCUGCAGAAGUGAAAGUGGGGAAUCCUUUCAUACUGCUACAACAGAGUCCAUCUCACCUGCUCUCCCAGCUUGUGUUUGAGAAACAGGUUCAUCCUGACAGACUUUCUUCCCUCUUGGCUAAAGAAGAAUUGAACUUGAAUGUGCAGCAAGUUAUUGUUAACUGUUGUUGUGAACCCCUCUCCUUGUGCAGUGCAAGGCAAAACAGCCAGACAAAGUCCCUUAUGGCAAACAUCAGCAACCUGGCACGCCUAUAUGCCUACAACUGCUUGCCAGAUGUUGAAAUAGCUAUCCUCAAUCCUGCAACGGCCUCUGAGGAUGUCUCCGCUCAGGCCCCGUCCUCUGCGACUGACCUGAACCAGAACACGCUCACUGCCUCCUCCCUGGACUUCCUAAAGUCUCAGUCAAGACUUAUGGCCACAGUGGCAUGUCUAAGUGCAUCUAAUAUACAGAAAAUUCCCAAAUCCAAUUUAUCGUGGAUGGAAUUUCGGGGCAAACGGGAGGUGCCGUUAGGUUUGGAACAGAUUUCCAGGGAGUGUGAGGCAUUGUUGAAGGAAUUCUCAGUACUGGAACGAUUUCUGCUUACUAUGUUUGAGCCACUUCAGCACCAGCAGGAGGAAGGCAGCAGUGUGGCUAGUGUCCUCUGUGGCAAGACACACGUGUCUCUGGUUCUCUUAGGAUUGCAUUCCACCACAGCUGUUGAGGUACUAAUGGGAGUCUUUGAACAAGCACUUACAGCAAAGGAUUGGGCCAGAGCCCUGAAGGUCUUGGAUCUGUACAGCCAGGGUAUGGAGGAGAUAACCAAUGUGAAGGAUGCUGUGCUGAGCUGUGCAGCCGCUGAUGGUAAAGAUGGUUGGCAGUACUUGUUCCCAGUAAAAGAUGCAGCGCUGAGAAGUAGGCUUGCCCUGCGCUGCCUAGACAAAUGGCCCCUCGAGGCCUGUUUGGAAAUCCUAGCUUAUUGUGCCUCUGACUUGGACAUAACUGAUGAACUAAAAACUAAUCUGCGGAGCAGGAAGAAAGAACUGCAGGUUUACCAGAAGAUAUUGAAUUUGCAAAAUGAACCACUGUGGAAUGACUGGCAGGAUCUGAAAAAAGCCUGUGCUGAUGAUCCUCAAGCCAUCAUGGAUAUCAUUCUGAAGGCAAAGGAUUAUGAGUUGUGUGAGGAAUGGGGCCGGUUGUAUCCCAUCCCGAGGGAAAAUUUAAUCAGCCUUCACCGUGAUCACCUCCUCCACUUACUGGAGACGGGAGACAUGGAAAAAGCAUUGAAGCUCUUGCAAAGAAUAGAAGACCCUGAUAUUUGCCUUGCCAUCAGUGAACAGUCCCUUGAUCAGCAUCCCAGCUUGGCAGCCUCUCACUUCUUGGCUGAUUACCUCACAACUCACUUCUACAGAAACCUGACAACUGCACGCCAUAAUGAAAUUCAGGCUCUCCAUAUGGGAUCAAAAGUGUUGCUGACUCUACCUGAGCUCUACCGUGUUAACUACUUCCACCUCUCCUCCAGGCCACUGCUCAUGCUGGAGCAGCUCCUCAUGAAUAUGAAAGUGGACUGGGUAGCUGUGGCUGUGCAGACACUACAUCAGCUCUUAGCUGGACAGGAAAUUGGCUUUGCUGUAGAAGACAUUGAUAAUUUGCUCUCCAAGUAUGCAGAAAAAGCCCUUGACUUCCCUUUCGCAUUAAAAGAAAAAAGAUCAGAUUCUGUGGUACGUAUCCAAGAGACCCUCAAUCAAAUAUUGGAGUGUGAAGCACUAUCUAAAUCAGGAUCACCAGAACCAUCUCAUGGCAGCUUUACUGGCAUCACCAUGUCCACAAGUCCCAGAGACAGAAGCCUGCAGCAGAAUGUGCUUCCUCAAGAGUUUGUGCCACCUGAGAAGCCACCACCAAAACAGCAAUGGAUACCUGAUGACACUGAAAUGAUAUGUAUGGUCUGCAAAACAGAACGCUUUACUAUGUUUAACAGGCGUCAUCACUGCAGGCGCUGUGGCAGACUAGUGUGCAGCUCUUGCUCCACCAAGAAAAUGGCAGUAGAAGCUUGUAGAGAAAAUCCAGCUCGUGUAUGUGACCAAUGCUAUAGCUACUACAAUAGAGAACAUCUGCCUGGCUUCAUACAAGACGCAAGCACCAAAAAAGAAGAUCAGGACCAAGUGGAAGAAACGUCUAGUAACAAAUAUUCCACAGUGGUGCGAAUUCCCAAGGCACCUGAGCUUGAAUGGAUUGUUUCCCUGAACGAGGAGGAGAAUGAAGUUGUACGCAGUGAAUUUUAUUAUGAACAGGCUCCCAGCUCUUCCUUGUGUAUUGCCAUCCUCAGUCUGCACAGUAAUAGUGUAGUGUGUGGCCACCAACUGAUAGAGCACUGCUGCAAAUUGUCCCAAGGGCUGACUAACCCUGAGGUGGAUGCGGGGCUCCUUAUGGACAUCAUGAAACAAUUGCUCUUCAGUGCCAAAAUGAUGUUUGUAAAAGCUGGAAGGAGCCAGGAUCUCGCCCUCUGUGACAGCUACAUCAGCAAAGUGGAUGUGUUGAAUAUCUUGGUUGCUGCUGCCUAUCGUCCGGUGCCAUCUUUGGAUCAGAUUCUUCUCCCUGCAGCAGUAACAAGACUAAGAAAUCAGCUUUUGGAAGCAGAGUACUAUCAAUUAGCUAUAGAGGUUUCUACAAAGUCUGGGUUGGAUCCAAGCGGAGCAUGGCAUGCCUGGGGCAUGGCUUGCCUUAAAGCUGGGAAUUUAAGUUCGGCAAGAGAGAAGUUUAGCCGAUGCUUAAAGCCACCUGUGGAUCUAAACCAGCUGAACUAUGGUUCAAGGCUGGUCCAAGAUGUGAUACAGUAUCUGGAGUCCACAGUGAAGCCCAUACAUAUUGUGCAGGAUGAUGAUUACUUUGCUACGUUGAGGGAACUUGAAGCAACGCUGAGAACAAGAAGUCUGUCUCUGGAGAUGAUGUCUGAGGGGAAGAUUCAACACCACAGCUACUACCAAGAGUGCUUGUUCUAUUUACACAGUUACGGCACUAAUCUAGCAAUAAUAAGUUUUUACAUGAGGCAUGACUGUAUGCGAGAAGCACUGCUUCACUUGUUAAAUAAGGAAUCCCCACCUGAAGUGUUCAUUGAAGGGAUCUUCAUUCCAAGUUAUGAAAGUGGGAAACUACAUAUGUUGGAGAACUUGCUAGAAACCAUUGAUCCAGGAUUGGAGAGCUGGGGAAUCUACUUGAUUGCAGCCUGCAAACACUUGCAAAGAAAAAACUACUACCAUAUCCUGUAUGAGCUGCAGCAGUUCAUGAAGGAUCACGUUCGUGCUGCCAUGACCUGCAUUAGAUUUUUCACUCAUGGAGCAAAGUCUUACACUGAACUGGGAGGCAAACAGACAUGGCUCCUAAAAAUCAAGGAUCAUCUCAAAGUCUACCUGCAGGAGGUCUCAAGAAGUUCAGGAAGGAAAAAAAUGGUAUUCACUUUCCGGAAGAAAAUGUCUGCUACAGAUGUGUCAAGGCACAUCAAUACAGUUGAGCUGCAGAUGGAAGUAACAAAGUUCCUACAUCGAUGUGAGAGCUCAGGAACUUCUCAAAUGACAGAUUCCUCCCUGCCCACACUCUUUGGAAACAAUAACAUGAAAAUGGACGUUGCCUGCAAGGUCAUGCUGGAAGGAAAAAACAUUGAGGAGGGGUUUGGGAUUGCAUUCAGAGUCCUUCAGGACUUCCAGCUGGAGGCUACAGAAGUGUACAGCAAAGUGGCCAAGCAGCUGGUGAAGCAGCAGAAGUACAGUGAGAUCCGGCAGCUCCUCAAGUGUGUCAGUGAGUCUGGAGUUGCAGCCAAAAAUGAUGGAGAUAACAUCAUCAUAAGCUGCCUGAACGAAUUCAAGAACAUACCUGCUGAGGAUCUCGAUAAUCUGAUUCAGGAUAUGGACAGUGAUGAAAACAAGAUCCAAGCCUACCUGAUGUGCAACAAAUUGCGUUCUGCCUACCUAGUCUCGGUGAGACAGGAGAACACCAGAGCAGUGCAGCUAGUCCAACAUGUGCAACAGCUGGCUGAGGACAGUGGCGAUGAUGUAGUGCAGGCCAUCUGUGCCCAAUGGCUCUCAGUGCACCAGCCCAACAUGAGAAAUCGGCUUUCCCAGGGCAGGAGUAAGUAACUGGCGUUCACUACUAUCCAAGAAGGGAUGACUUCAGGACAGCUCAAAGGUGUGUGGUUCAGCGAUUGCUUGGUAGAAGGGAAGUCUCUUGACUGGUGUUGGUGGCAAACGUAAGCUGCUAACGUCUGGUUAAAAGGAAGGGAACUAAUUUACAAGUGCCAGUCCUACAUUUUGACAAACAAUGGUUGCUACCUCAGGGUGUUUUUUGGCCUUUUUUUGUGUGUGUGUGAAAUUUUCAAACUGAACAAGCAAGACGACUUUUUAAGUUUAUGGAAGAGGCACUCAUGUAUUUUAGAAAGACACUGAUCUUUUUGGCAUGGUUCUUAUUUUUAACCCAGAAAAUCUGCAUAGAGAGGAUGGUAAAAUCUCAUCAGCUUGAUGUAGCUUAGAGUAUAAAACUUUGUGAUUAUGAGUUUCCCUGUAAAAUUUCUGAAGACUGGAAGAUCUUCUUUUACAGCAACUGAACUAAAAAGACUGCUUUUUUUUUUUUUUUUUUAAGUCUUUAUACAAACUACUGCUAUCCCCCCCCUUCCUUUCCCUGUUAGUGCAGUGUACUCAAUUUUUUAGUUUGCUCAGAAAAGGUAGAAACUGGUUCUUCUAGGCAGGUUUCUACUUACCAGUUGCACUGUCUGACAUAUGCAUGGCACUUGAGCCCUUACUGGAUGGAUGAAGUUAAAAGGGGGAUCUCCAGGAAAGGGGAGUACAAAGGGAAAAAAAAUAUUUUAAAAUGGUUAAAAAUGGCCUACCUCUUUCUUCUCUACACUAUCAAAUAAAUUGUAGUGAUGCAGGCUUAUCACUAAACUGUUGCCAAUACACUUCCACGAUUUCACAUCAGAUAGAGCAGGAGACAUGGAAAGAUAGAGCUAUAUUAAAAUUCAACAGGCAGUUUGUAUUCCUGUCAUGAAGGGAUUGGUGGGGGGUUUUUUGCAUGUGGCUUGCUUUAUCCUGGUAAGGAAGAAAAAAAAAAAAUUUUUCCCUAUCAGGCACAACAGAGCACCAGACAAUUUUUGUUAAUUGGACAUAAACUGUACAAAUCAAUACAUCGCCUGAGUUUGCUCUGGAGUGCAUUAGGACAGGUGGAAAGGAAGUACUCUAUAGCUCAAGGAGUGAACAGUAGCUUUUGCACUGGUUUUUCUUUGGGGGGGGCGGGGUGCUGCUGCUGUUUUGUUGGGGGGGUGUUUUGGUGGGCGAGGUUUUUUUUUGGUUUGUUUUUUUGUUUUGGAAAAAGGUGGGAGACAAUCCAUAAGAGUAUGUGUUUGCAGUUUACAUGUACUUCAAUACAAGAGGGUGGGGGAAAAAAUAGUACAGUGUUUGUAAUUGUUAAACUGUUUAGUUGUUUACUUUCUGCAAAAGAAGAAAAAAACAGACUAAUUUAGGUUUCUGAAGAGUAAUAUAACUGUAAAUAGUUUUAAUACAUAAAGAAAUUGAGACUGUCAAAUAAGGGUCUUGCACUAUCCCCAAACUCACUGUAGCGACAGAACAGACUUCCAUGGAGAUGAGAAAGAUUUGGUUCAUUUCCUUUGAACAGUGUCCUUUCAUGAACAGUGUCCCAUGACAUGCACAUCUAUUUUUUUGAGGCGCUUCACUCACUAGCAUGGGGCUAGACGCGUCUCUGAGCUAAACAGUCGGAAAGGACUACAUUUACAUUUCAGAAUUUGCCAACCCUAGAUUUGCACGAUCUCAUUAGUGAGCAGUGCUAAUGAAAGCUGCUUUUGUUUUCUUGACGAGACUGACCUAGCUUUCCAUCAGAUUACAGCUGUUAGGCUAAUCCUAAAAUGUGACAGUAUCCAUGUCUUCAAUCACUUCCAAAUCUCUAAUAAAAAGUGGGGUGGUUUCUACUGUUGUGGGCAUCUAGAUAUGCAUUGCACCAAUAUCUACAUUUCUGCUCUAGUCCCUCAGUAACUGUAUAUAGCAUGAAGAGAAGAGAGAGAGUGUGGAGCUUGCCAUGCAGACCAGUCAGUUCUUUGCCUGCCUUUCUCCUUGACCUUUUUGCACUGUACUUGAUGCACUUUAUACAGUGUUUGUUUGAUAGUUCUUAACCUGGACUCGUAGAGACCUUUCUCUUACCAGCAGAACUGGAAUUCUGAUCCUGACUAACUGCCUUGUGUCAUGAUAGUGCAAUUAUCAAUGGGUGUAGGAAUGUUCAGCAUCAAAAAUGGAUUCAAUACUGCCAGUUAAAUUUCUGUAUUAAUGACCAAGGUUUGUUUACAAUGCAAACAAAAAAAAAUAAAGUGUUAUCACUGAAGGUCUCUUAACAUAUCUUCUGUUUUGUUUUGUUUUUUUUAACUUCAACAUAGCUGGGGAAUCUCUUUCUAGAGUUGUCUUGCUUUUUUGGCUAUUCUUAGCAGAGGGAAGGUUGCGGGGGGGGAAAAUCUCCUCUAGUGCAAAAAUCUCUUUGCUAUAGCAUCUUCAAUAUUUAAAGCUAUUGGAAUAUCACAUUUUAGUCCUCCUGGAAGCCAGCUCAGUCGUGUUAACUAUUUUAUUUCAUCCCAUUGCUUUAUACAUGCACUCUCACAGACCACUAAUCUUUUUCAGAGUGCUUUUCAAGUUAAUCUAACUCUGUUACAGCCUCCCUUUGAGGCAGCUUAAUGAGCUUAAGUUGCCUCAUUUUACAGAUCAACUUUAGAAGAAGGGAUAAAUAACUUGCCCAAGGUCAAAAAGGGACUCUGCGUGCGUGCCUGUGUGUGUGUGUCUAUGGGAAUACAUUGUUACAUGCCCUGUUAGAUCUGCAGUCCUGCUUCUUCAAGAAAAGUGUUGACCUUCAAUGGGAAAGUAUUUGGGCCAGAGACACUCUCAUCCCUUUUUUUGGUGGUUUCUAUUGCUCUUGAAAAGCCUUUUCAAGAUCAGAGUUACACAGAGACAGAAAGCCAAGCCUGCAGUACAGGUACCUGGUAGCAUUCUUAGUUGUGGAUUCACAUUCAAGGUGAAGCAUAACAAGGGAGGAAACAAGACAGUGUGACAGAGAAACACAGAGACUUAAUGUAACACAAACUGAGUUCUUUACACUGGUAAGGCAGGUGCAGAUAGCAGCAGCACCAACUAAACUGCUUCAACAUUUCUGAAGGAAGGUAUGUUACUCUGCUGUAAAAAGAAAAUGGCUUUAUUUAGUGUUGCUCGGAAGUAGCUCAGGACUGAGCUGCAUGGAUAACCUCCAAGCAGAAUUAACCAUAAAACUUGCAUUUGCUUUCUAAAACUGGUAGUUUGUCACAGUGGAAUGCUCAUGUGUAGGUUGAAAACCAUUUGUUUGGUUUUUUUUUUCUUUUCAGAAGCGGAAGAUAAUCCUAUGAGCUGUAGCACUUGUUUUCUAGCUGCUUAGGUCUUUCAGAAAGAUCUCAGAUUACUGGUCUCACUGUAGCAAUUUGAACCAAAGUAAGUAGCACAUGAGCACAGUUCCAAGGGAGCAACCCCAUCAGUAUGUGGAUUGACCAAGCUGCCCUUUGAACACACAGGCUGUCUGGUACUGCAAGGCCAGGAUGGCAGCUUCCGCUAGCCUAGUCCAGUAACCACUGGGCAGACAAAUGUGAAGACUUCCAUGUAAGUCUUAUUUUCCUGUCCGUUAGCAAAAAUGACUAUAACACCAAGACGGUGCUGAUCCCUACUUGAACUGUUUUGCUUCUGCUAGUUUCCCGUCUAAAUGCCAGCUGCUUUAAGUUGGAAGGCUCAGCUGAAGAUUUUUGUUCUUUCAAUAUAGUUGAAAAGUUCUUUACUCAUUCUGCUCUCUUGUAGUUCUGAGUUCUGAAGUCAUUUAAAGCGCAGCUGGUGGUUUUAUUUGGACAACUUUUACACUGUCUUUGCUUAAUGCUUCACAGCAGCAAUGUCAAUAUUUUAAGAUAAAAUAACUUGCUGAUAAGGUUGC